AUGUCCUUGAGAAAAGCAAUAGUCAGAUCAAUAAAACACCAUAGUACAUCAGAAAAUACGAAAGAUAUUGCUAUAAAGUUGCUUCACAAAGAUAUCAUCAAUUCCCUAUCACAUACAUACGGAGAUCACAGAAUGUGUCAGGAUUACAACUGUGAUAAAGAAAAUGUUUUUAGUGACGGGUUGAAAUCUAUUCAAAACUCAACAUUUCUUUUCCGACUUAACACGAUCAUUUCAAAUGUAGCUGCAAAAUCACGAAGUUUAGUAGAAAACGUAAAUACAAACAUUGUCGAAUGCUUCAACAACGUCAUAGCAAAAUUUAUAGGAGGUAAACGCAUACAUUUUGCCUUGAAACAAGACUGCCAAGGGAGGGUCUCCGCUGCGGUGUUAUCGUUUAAUGACAAGGCAGCAAUAUCGCAUGUCUUUAAAACACUGACGAAUAAAAAUCUGUCAGCAGCCGGCCUAGCAGGAGUGGCGGAAGUUGCGGCAGCAGCAGGUGCAGCAGGAUUGGCGGAUGUUGUGGAAAGGAAAAGAAAAAGACAGAGGGCCCAGAAAAGAAAAAGCAGUUUAGAACAUCCAGCAAAAAAAAUCAAGAAAGCGGCAGUAUCAAAACAAAAUGAUUAUGGCCCUGCCAGUUCCGAUCCAGAUAUGUCUGAAUGUGAUCUAGAAAUAGCCAAAAAAGAAUUUCUUAAAAAUUUAGAAACUCUAACUGCUGACAGAGACGGAAUCGAGCGAAAUACGAUAUUACAAAAAGACAGUAGUCCUAUUCCGUCACCCGCGGGGCAGUUCAGUGAGGACCUAGACUAUAAUCUUAAUAAAGAUCCAAAUGCAACUUUGGGUCAUAAUAUGACCAUAUCGAUCAAUGAAAAUGAGCCUAGCACUAGUGUUAGGCCCCAAAGUUGGGUAGCAUCCGACUUUGCCCGCGCGGCAACCGGCCGCAUGCGACUGGUGACUAGAAUCGACCGUGUAAACGAUCAGUUGCAGGCGAUCGCCCGCCGCAUGAAGUUUUUGGAAUGCUAUGAAAUGCAUCCAUGCUUAUGGAACCCAAGAGAACAAGAUUACAGGAACAAUAAUGUACGUUUAGCGGCUCUUAAAUCUAUUAUUCAAGAAAUGCGUUUGUCCAUAACAGUUGAAGAGCUUAAAUUGAAGAUAAAAAAUAUACGAACCACGUAUAAUAGAGAGGCCAAAAUCAUUGAAAAAAAAAUUGCGCCGCCGUGGCCUGAUAAUCACCCUAUAUCAUCACGUAUUGAUAAAAGUAUUAUGGAUCUCAUUAUCGACGACAUGCUGCCAUACAACCUUAUUGAAGGAGAAGCAUUUCAAAGGCUCCAUCUGAAUGACCCUGACACUCCGUCCAGGUAUAGGAAAAAGUCUGAGAAAUACUUCAGAACAACUUUAAUGCCGCUAACGUACGAAAAAGUAAAAGAUAAAGUCGUACUUCUCCUUCAAAAAGCUGAAUGGCCCACUUCAUUAAUGGCUCAAAAAGAGAAAAAGUUAUACUGGCAGUUAGUGUCCUUAAAAGAAGAUCAUACAGGGCAGCAUAUUUCAGCGAAACUUAACGAAAUUAUUGCUGAAUUUAAUUUAACAAAAAAAGUUCACAUGGUUAUCCGCGACAAUGCUUACAAUAUGCAGGCGGCUAUGCGUUGUGGUAACUUUAUGUCUAUUGGAUGCGUAGCUCAUACGCUCCAGCUUGUUAUUCAUGAUGUUAUAUUCAAAGACGCUGCUUCUAUGAAUAUGAUUAAGAAAUGUCGCAAAGUCGUUGGUCAUUUUAAAAGAAGUGAACAAGCUUCUCGAUAUUUAGAAAGGUUUCAAGAAACAUGCGGCUUACCCAGACACGUUUUGAUUCAAGAUAUCGAAACCCGGUGGAACAGCACUUAUUUAAUGUUAGAAAGACUCUUAGAACAAAAAACUGCAAUCAACUUAUAUAUGGCAGAACGCGGUGGAAUAGAAAUUCCAACUGCAGAAGAAUGGGAACAAAUAAGC